AUGCAGCAAGGUAUGAGCUUGAGGUCCAGCAGCAAGGAAUUGUUUCAGCCAGGCUCGCAAAGGAUGCAAAGUGUUAAAGACAAAGCUCCUAAAAAUGAGUCAAGUGUCAAGUCCCUCAAGGAAGCUGCUUCAUCUAAGCAGAUGAUAAGCUUUUCAGGUAAUUUUAGCUCCAAUGAUUGCAGUAGAUCUGCUAAAAAUAGUGAAGAUAAGAAGGUUAAGCAGGCAGAGGAGUCACUGCGGACUGUGAUGUACUUGAGCUGCUGGGGUCCUAACUCCUAA